GGGCAGAGAAUUUCUCUGGUUGGAGUGUUUCUGUAUGAUGAGUUGCUGCUCGCCCCGCCCAAAUAUUCUUGACUACGUUCUCUCGCGAUAGAGGGUGAAUAGCCACGGAUCCAACAUGGCGGAAGAGGAGGUGCAGAAGCUGCAGAAGCACCUGUCGCUGCUCCGGCAGGAGUAUGUGAAGAUGCAGCAGAAGCUGGUGGAGACGGAGCGGCAGUGUGCCGUGCUGGCGGCCCAGGUCUCUGGCCCGGGGAGCUCUCCCGCCGCCACCGGGGACUCCUUCAUCACCCGCCUGCUGGCCAUCGUGGCCGACCUCUACCAGCAGGACCAGUACAGUGACUUGAAGGUGAAGGUUGGAGACCAGAGAUUCAGUACUCAUAAGUUUGUGUUGGCUGCUCGUAGUGAUGUCUGGAGCUUGGCCAACCUGGCCUCUACCUCUGAACUAGACCUGUCAGAAGCCAAGCCGGAGGUUGCCAUGGCGAUGCUACGCUGGGCUUACACAGAUGAGCUGGGACUGAGUGAAGAUGAUGCCUUCCUCAUAGACCUGAUGAAGCUGGCCAACCGCUUCCAGCUGCACCUGCUGCGAGAAAGGUGUGAGAAAGGCGUGAUGUCGUCUGUCAAUGUGAGGAAUUGCAUACGGUUCUACCAGACAGCCGAGGAGCUGGAUGCCACCACGCUCAUGAAUUACUGCGGGGAGAUCAUCGCCAGUCACUGGGAUGACCUGAGGAAAGAGGACUUCACGACCAUGAGUGCUCAGCUGCUUUACAAGAUGAUCAAGUCUAAGACGGAGUACCCGCUCCACAAAGCCAUCAAGGUAGAACGCGAAGACGUGGUCUUCCUCUACCUCAUCGAGAUGGACUCGCAGCUACCAGCGAAGCUGAAUGAGCUUGACAACAAUGGAGAUCUGGCUCUGGACUUGGCCUUGUCCCGCAAGCUGGAGAGCAUAGCCACCACCCUGGUCAACAACAAGGCAGAUGUAGACAUGGUGGAUCAGAGUGGCUGGAGCCUCCUGCACAAAGCCAUCCAAAGAGGAGAUGAGUUUGCUUCCAUCUUCCUGAUCCGGCACUCGGCGCAGGUCAACGCGGCAACGGUGGGGGCGGUGGAGACACCCCUGCACCUGGUAUGCUCCUUCAGCCCAAAGAAACACAAUGAAGAGGUCAUGAAGGGGAUGGCGCGCAUCGCGGAGGCGCUGCUCAAGGCCGGCGCCAAUGCCAACAUGCAAAACAGCAAGGGCAGAACCCCUUUGCAUGAAGCUGUGGUUUCAGGAAACGAGCCUGUUUUCAAGCAACUCCUGCAGUGCAAACAGUUAGACCUGGAUCUUAUGGACCACGAGGGGAGCACAGCUCUCUGGCUGGCGCUUCAGUACAUCACAAUGGCUUCCGACCCCUCCGUCAACCCCUUUGAGGACAGCGCGCCGGUGGUCAACGGCACGACGUUUGACGAGAACAGCUUCGCCGCACAGCUCAUCCAGAGGGGCAGCAACCCUGAUGCUCCAGACUCCUCCACAGGUAACUGUCUCAUGCAGAGAGCGGCUCUUGCGAGCAACGAGGCUGCGACUCUGUUCCUGGCCACCCAUGGAGCAAAGGUCAAUCACACCAAUAAAUGGGGAGAGACACCGCUCCACACGGCCUGCCGCUGUGGCCUGGCCAGCCUGACGGCCGAGCUGCUCCAGCAGGGGGCCAACCCCAACCUGCAGACCGAGAGCGCUGUGCCCGACAGCGGGGAGCGCGGCCAGGGCGUCUCCCUCCAGAGCCCCCUCCACAUGGCCAUCGUCCACAACCACCCCGAUGUGGUGUCUGUCAUCCUGGAGCAGAAAGCUAACGCUCUCCAUGCCACAAACAACCUGCAGAUCAUUCCAGACUUCAGCCUCAAAGACUCCAUGGAUCAGACUGUGUUGGGUCUCGCCCUCUGGACAGGAAUGCACACAAUCGCAGCCCAGCUCCUGGGCUCCGGGGCGGCCAUCAACGACCCCAUGUCAGACGGGCAGACCCUCCUGCACAUGGCCAUCCAGAGGCAGGACAGCAAGAGCGCCCUCUUCCUCCUGGAGCACCAGGCUGACAUCAACGUCAGGACCCAGGAUGGACAGACAGCGCUGCAGUUGGCCAUUAGCAACCAGCUCCCUCUAGUGGUGGACGCGCUGUGCACCCGCGGGGCUGACAUGUCUGUGGCCGACGAGAAGGGGAACCCUCCACUGUGGCUGGCCCUGGAGAACAGCCUGGAGGACAUCGCCUCGACGCUGGUCAGGCAUGGCUGUGACGCCACCUGCUGGAGCCCAGGACCCGGGGGGUGCCAGCAGACCCUGCUUCAUCGAGCUAUAGAUGAGAACAACGAGGUGACCGCCUGCUUCCUGAUUCGCAGUGGGUGUGACGUAAACAGUCCUCGGCAGCCCGGCCCUAACGGCGAGGGAGACGAGGAGGCGCGGGACGGCCAGAGCCCGCUGCACCUGGCAGGCUGCUGGGGCUUAGAGGAGGUGGUGCAGUGCCUUCUGGAGUUUGGAGCCAACGUCAAUGCACAGGACGCAGAGGGCCGAGCGCCCAUCCACGUGGCCAUCAGCAACCAGCACGCCAUCAUCAUCCAGCUGCUCAUCUCGCACCCGGACAUCCGGCUCAACCUGCGCGACCGCCAGGGCAUGACGCCCUUCGCCUGCGCCAUGACCCACAAGAACAACAAGGCCGCCGAGGCCAUCCUCAAACGAGAGGCGGGAGCUGCUGAGCAGGUGGACAACAAAGGGCGCAACUUCCUCCAUGUGGCGGUGCAGAACUCUGACAUCGAGAGUGUGCUGUUCCUCAUCAGCGUCCAGGCCAACGUGAACUCCAGAGUCCAGGACGCUGCCAAGCUCACUCCGCUCCAUCUGGCCGUGCAGGCCGGCUCCGAGAUCAUCGUCCGCAAUCUGCUCCUGGCCGGGGCCAAAGUGAACGAGCUGACCAAACACCGGCAGACAGCGCUGCACCUGGCCACCCAGCAGGACCUGGCCACCAUCUGCUCCGUGCUGAUUGAGAACGGCGUGGACUUUGCCGCUGUCGACGAGAACGGCAACAAUGCCCUACACUUGGCGGUGAUGCAUGGUCGCCUGGGCAACGUACGAGUGCUCCUUACAGAAUCCAACAUAGAUGCGGAGGCCUACAAUCUCAGGGGUCAGUCACCAAUGCAUGUGCUCGGUCAUUAUGGGAAGGAGAACGCUGCUGCCAUUUUUGAGCUCUUCCUGGAGUGCAUGCCGGAGUACCCCCUGGACAAACCGGACAAUGAAGGGAACACAGUUCUUUUGUUAGCCUAUAUGAAAGGAAAUGCCAAUUUGUGCCGUGCCAUCGUGAGAUCGGGCGCCCGCCUGGGUGUCAACAACAACCAGGGCACCAACAUCUUCAACUACCAGGUGGCAACCAAACAGCUGCUCUUCCGCCUUCUAGAUAUGCUAUCCAAAGAGCCCCCAUGGUGUGACGGGUCAAACUGCUAUGAGUGUGUAGCCAAGUUUGGAGUUACCACGAGGAAACAUCACUGCCGCCACUGUGGACGGUUGCUUUGCCACAAGUGCUCUGUGAAGGAGAUCCCCAUCAUCAAGUUUGAUCUGAACAAGCCCGUGCGUGUGUGUGACAUCUGUUUCGACGUGCUGACUCUGGGCGGGGUGGCCUCCUAACACACGCUGCCGCCGCCGCCGAGGAUGGAAGGCACCAGCUGUUGUGCCAGAGAGGCAGGUUGCCACUAACUUGUGAUGUGCACCGGUGGAAUGAAGACGACCUGGACAAACAAUAUAUAUAUGUGUAUUUGGACCACAACUUCUGUACUAUUCCAGUCUGUCAGAGAGGAAAAAAAAUCAAGCAACGUGUAUGUUAUAGCUGUACUUUUGUUUAGAAGUGCACCAUCAUCUGAGGAUCAACCUAAUGAACCGUUGAGAGAAAGUGGCUUUGUUGAUGAAGGCGGUUCGAAGGUUGUUACCAAGUCGUGUAAUCAACUUAAGAUUGAUCGUGGUCAUGUAUUAUAAGUAUUACAGCUGAGGGAGGGAAGGUCUAGUGUUUCCAGAGUCCAAGCCAAGUCCUAAGACGUCAGUAUCAUUUUAGGUUUGACAUAUAAGCAUUUAUAAACCAUAACUGAUUCAUUCUCCAUAAAGAGCCCAUACCAUACACAGGACAGGCAAGACAGAAAUGCUUAACGUCCCAUCUCAAGCAAGUUCGAGUAGAGCUCAAAUAGUUAAACCGUGUAUGGCACCACAGUCAGUGGACAAAUCUUCACAUCGCAACAUUAGUUUGAGUAGCAGGAAGGUGUUGUAGGGGGAUCGUUGGACCCAAGUAACGAAAUGUGGUCAAUGGUUUUGAAACCAAUAUGAUGCUGAGCUAAAGGGCAGUGACUGUCUUAAAGUGUUCCGAGUGAUUUGCUGGUUCAAACCCUAAGCUCUUAAGCCGAUAUCUGGGCCCAUGACAUCAGUGAUGGUGGAACUUGCUGCUCUUUUGGCCAGGCAUACUUCUUUUCAUGAACAAGAACAUGUUUUCUGAAACCAUUUUAAUUAAUGAUUGAUUUAUGUGUGAAGUGGAAUAACACUAAUACAGUGAGCAGAAAGUGACAGCCCUUGUCUUUUCACGUUUUCGUAUGAAGGCUACUCGGUGAAAGAAAAUGUCAACAGCUCAAAGGGCCUUUACCAUGAAAGGAUGGACCGUGACGAUGUAGCCUCUCGUAUCUGCAUUUUGUCUGUGAACAUGAUUAACAUUUCUUCAUGAUUUACAAUAUUUAUUACCCAGAUAUUAGCACAGUCUGGAACGGGAUCCGAGUCGGGUUCUGAUCCAUUGCAGAGUCCACUGCCACGUGGGUACCAAGAACUGUACUUGUGGAAUCCGCACAUUUUUUAAAACAUCUCAAGCCUGUCCUAGGUGGAACAAAAAAAGAUUGAUGAUAUGCCUACUAUGCAUAUGCAUGACGUUUAAUUAGCCGCCUCAAUGCUGUGUUCGAUCAUAAUCGUGAUCAUUGCUCUCUCUAGGGCACCAAAGGAUCCAUUCCAUUCAGUCUUUGGCCUACACGUGCGCGUUGUGGGAAAUCUUACUCUUUCUUUUUUUUUGUACUUUGAUUUUUGCAUAAAUUCAAAUGUUAUCCUGACCUAUCAUCAUGUUUUAAAAUGCUUCUCAGCGACAGAGCUGAACAGGUGCACUUUAUCAAAUUACAUUUUGACAUUUCUGAUCAGUCUAUGGUCCGCUCUAGGUAUUGUUAAAUUGUACAGAUAAAAUGUAUGAUAUUUUUGACCACUACAACUGUUUUGUACUUAAUGCAGUUUGUGCUUUUUUGUCUAUGUGACAAACCUAAAUCUCGCCUCUUAAUCUUUUAUGCACAUUGUUUAAUCUUUUAUGCACAUUGUAUCGUAUCUGUAUGCUCAGAUAUAUAGCCUGUCGCUUCCUCUAGUAUCCUUUUCAAGAAAGGGAGGACAACUUUACAUAAAGGUCAUAAGAAUAAAAAAUAGCCUGAAAUAA